UUCAUGUCGGUAGGCUGUUCCUGGUUGGUGAGGCGAGGCCUACUGUAUUUCGUGGUCGUGCAAUAAUUUCUCAGCAGGCUACGUCCAAUCCGGUUUAUAGUGCUGCAAUUGCUGUGCACAGUUUUCGUGAUACAGAAUUUGAAUUUGAGGCUACAAGUACCAAGAACGGCAGGAACGAGACGUCGUUCCUUAGCCAGCAAACCAACCCGCGGAAGCUCUCCCAGGACCGCUAGGGGCCAAUGAGCGAGCAAGUGAGCGAUAGACACAAAAGUGCCGCAGUGCAAAGGUGACAGACACGCAAAGGCAAAACCGAUCGUUGUUCAGUGAUCACGUCGCAGAGAACAAACGGCGUACCGUCCCUAGGUGAAGAAAGGAAGAAAUAAGGUACCGAGGGAGGAAGAUAGUGAAAAAACCAAGAUGGCGUUUAACGGCAACACAGCUGGAGUCGGGGGGAAUGCGGCGGCGGCGGCGGCCGCGGCGGCAGCUGCGGCAGUAGCCGUUGGUGCAUCAGCCGCCAGCGAGGAUAAUGAUACGGUGAGCGCCACGAAGAAGAAGAACCUGAUCAUUCUCGUCGACAAAGAUUCGAACGAUAAGCUUAACGAACUGUUCGACAAGACAUUAAGCAAUAAGCUGCCACUGCAAAUCCCGUACCGUAUGCGGAAUCUUCCGGAGUCCUUCUUCCUGCCACCGUCUUCCGGCUCGAAGUCCCCGUCGGUCUCGCAUUCGCGCGAAAACUCGGCUGAUUCGGCGUUCGGCUCCGGCACGACCAUACUCGGUGGCGUUGGAGGCAUGGCGACUGGCCCGAAUGGACUUCCGAUUCACCACAGCAGAGCGCACAGCAGUCCAGCAUCGCUCGGAAAAAUCCCGGUUGGUCUGGUUGGCCUGGGUGGUGGAGCCGUUGCGGCGGCGGCGGCCGCGGCUGCUGCUGCUGCUGCAACCGGAGGUGGUGGUGGCAGUAUUGGAGUCGCCGGUGGAGGCCCAAGUGCUGGUGGUUCUGGAAGCGGGUCCUCGGCAGUAAAUGCAAAGGUGGUACAGAGCACCUCUCAGCAGAAUGCGGUUGCUUCCAGUGCCAACGAUGCUAGUAGCUUGGGUGCCGCCGUGCUGCAGCAAGCCGCCUUGUCGAAAGCGGCCAUUCAGCAUCUGCACAGUCGCGGUCGUUCUUACGACGUGUCGAACUUACAUGUCACCUUCGGAGAGCUUCCCCCCGGCUGGGAACAAGCGAAAACGCAGGAUGGGCGGAUCUACUAUAUCAACCACAACACCAGAACCACCACGUGGGAGGAUCCACGCAUAACCGCCAUGCAAGAGAGUCUUUUCCAGCAGCAGUCCAGCGUGGAAACACUCUUUAACACCGGCUCGCAGACGUUGCUCAGUCCCACCAUCUCAUCCCCGACACCAACAAACAAUGUGGUAUUUCCAGAUACAAUUCAAAUGGCAAAUGAAAGCCUCCCGCCGUCGAACGUCCCACCGGCUUCGAUGCUAACCGGCGGCAGCAAUGUUGAUCUGGGCCCACUGCCGGAAGGAUGGGAGGAAGGAAUCACAGAGAAAGGCGAACGGUACUAUAUGAAUCACGUUACGCGAUCAACCACCUGGAGGGAUCCCCGAUUGUCAAACCAAGAUUGGGCCGUACAGGAACAAACCGUCAGACUAUAUAAUCUCCAACUGGAACGUGAACGGCUCAGGAAGCGGCAACAAGAGAUCAAAUCACAUAUGGGAGACGACCCGUUCCUGUCCGGUAUUGCCGAUCACACCCGUCAGGAGUCUGGGGAUAGUGGUCUUAGCGAGUCUUCAAUGACGCAGUCAAUGCCUCACACACCCGACUUUCUCUCCAGUAUAGACGACAGCAUGGAUGGUUUGAGUAUGACAGACAACACGAUGGACACCAUAGCAUUUGGAGACAACUUGGAAACACCAGACGAAUUUAUGCUGGACGAUCCUUUGUUGCUGGAAAAAAUCGAUGCUGUCACCAACCUGAGUCUGAUAGAUCCUACGAGCAGUAAACCAGAAAAUACGUUGUACGACAUCAUUUAACCGUUUCCGUCCGUGUAUGGGUAUCAACGGUAUCAAGUAGAUACAUCCACAUAAUCUAUCCUUUUCACUCACAAUAAUCUAACUCGUUUGACUGCGUUCACUGCAGGAGAAGUAGGCUUAGAACCCGGCAUAUUUUGUUUGUUAAUUGGUAUCGGUCGCAAGCCUCUUCCUUUUAACUUGCAAUUUUGACCAUUUUCGUGUUCGUGUCAGGCGUUUCUUUUUCAGUUAUUAUUAAUGUUAUGAUUAAUUUAUGUAUAAACGACCGUUCUAGUAAUAAGAUUAGGUACGAUUUACUACUGUAACGAUUUUAUACUUUUGACCCCAUUGUCCAACGUAAGUAAACAUAAACGGAAGCGUAAUUGAAAGCUAGGAGGAAGAUAGAAUACCAUUACAAAACACAAACGAAAAAGUAAGACUCGAAUUCGUUUGAAAACGCAAACGAAAAUAUAAUAAACUCAAGUGCCUUAAUGAAGUAAUUAUAAAUGGUGAUUGAAGAAUGAUCGUUGCUUAUGGGCCACGGCAUACAACAGCGCAGUAAAGUUGCUAGCCGCCAUUGUGUGUUACCCCACACGUAUUUAUGCCAGUGUGUCAGUUGUGCAUAUCGCAAUGCAAUUUAUGCAGAAACAUGUGCAGCUUAUUGCUCAAAAAAAUUAAAAACCAAGCUAAACCAAUGCGUUGCUUGUUGCCGUUGAUUUGAGUAGAAUAUGCCGAAUGCGAGUGAGAUGGUAAAGAACGAAAGGAAGAGAUAUGUACGUUAUGAAAGAUCGAAUGAAACAGUGGGGAAAAAAAUAGAUAGUAAAAUAUAGAAAGAAUCCAAUUUGCAUAGUCGUAUAAUCCCUUUUCCAUACGUUAUUUUACGUUCUUUUAGGUCCUACUAAAAGCAUCAUAUUGAAACGAGAAGAGGAAAAUAUAAGUUCAAUUCACAGUAUAACCAGCAGAACAAAGGGCAUGUUUCUUAGGAAGAUGCACUCAUGCACUCAGCCCCUUGCUUUCUUCAUUUUGAUGUUAUUAAGAACUAGACGCUAAAUCUAUGAUAUUACAUACAAUUUGGUUGAAAAGUAUGUGAGUACUAUAUUAUUCUGUUCAAUAAUAGUAUCCUUCAAUCCCUGUCACGGCGUGGAACAUCGCGUCGCAUUCGGAAGUAGUACAUCCGAAACGAAAGUAAUAGGCGCUUUUCCGAGAACCAGACUUGUGCGACGAAGAAUGGCUUUUAAUUAUUUAGAACAUUAGCAUGAGAAUAGCAUGAGCUUCGCUGCGCCCUCACUAGGCCACAACAAUUCAAUGAAGAAACAAGAAUUACACAAUGAACCCCCAAUGACCAUUGCGUUCCACAGGCUGAUCUUUCAAUAACAAUAGUUCUAUCAGCUGUGAACAGAAAAGCGAACUGAAGUGUUCUUCAGUUCGAAAGGCGGGGUUUGAAGUAUUAUUACUGUUUUCUCACAAUCAAUCUGUGGAACCAAUCUUUCGUCACGAGUUGGGAAAAGAAAUGCGGCCGUGCACAGACAACCAUAGAUGGACAACGAUUUUCUAUUUUUUCUGUUUCCAACAAAUGAGUUCGUAUAGGUAGUUUAAAAUAUAUUUUAUUCUUAAAAGAAAAAAAAAUGCAAACGAGAAACCUAGCAAUUUUCGUAUCCAAUUUUAUUAGACGCUAAUUAAAUAUUUUACACAACUGAGAUCUAAACAUGUAUGUGUUAUUUCCAUUAAAGCAACCACCUAUUCAAUUAACGAGGAGGUCCUUACCAUUUUUUAAAUAGUCUUAGAGAACAAUAUUUUAGCUACUUUUUUAGAUGCAGUAACAUACGUUGCACAUCAGGAAAUGUGUUGCUUCGCAUACAUUUGUUGUUCUUUAAAACGUCAAAAAUAUGUGCCUCCGUUGAGAAAACGAUUUCGAAAAAAAAAAGAAAAAGUGCUCAAUAAAUAUUUGAAACUACUUAACGAGCUUUGGUUGGAACGCAGGAGGUGUCAUAUGCCUACAAUCAUAAAAGGCGUUUCGGAAGUCUUUAGAGGAUUAAUUCUACUUUCGUUCAGUAUUUUUAUUUAUUGCACAGUUAAGCAAUGAAAGUCGAAAUUUCGUAACUGUUGAUUUAAUACCUAGAAGAAUUAACAGUUUAAACUAAAAAAUUGGCAAUAUUUUUUUCCAGUCAUCCUUGAUUCUAAAAGUCCGAUGACCGAUUGUUAUGCAUCCGCCGUACAACGCAACAGCAGAGCCUGUCUUUUCCUCAUAACUUCUAAAAUAUGGUGGUUGCAGUAAGAAAAGGGUAGAUCAUCAUAAAUUCAUAGUUAAUUUUAUAGACACUAUUUACACAGGCAAAGGAAAUAUUUUAUUUCAACAGUAUCAUGAAUCAGCCAAGCCAUCGCAACCAGUCCCGGAAACUCAAACCACCACGAAGUAACGUGAUUGCCGUCCAAAUUGCAUAGAAUGAAGCAAUUCAAAUCGCUAACGUAACGUAAACGUAACAUAAAAUAUGAAACAGGCAGCAACAAAACAAGGCUAAAAAAAUUGUUAACCGAAAGGAAAAAUAACGGGAAGAAAUAUAACGAUUAUGAAAUUUGGCAACGAGCAAUAUUGAAAAAAGUAACACCUCAGUACGCAAAUGCAAUAGUUUUAAAUGGAAUCAAUAUAAUUGGUUGACCGAUUCAUAGCUUUUAGAAGUACUCAUCAAGCAAUAUUUGUUAAAAAAUAUGUUCUGCAACGAUGAGCGCACACAAGGUAACUCAUAGUUUUAUUCCACACAAAACUAUCACCUGAUUAACCACACUUUAGCAAUCAACAUACAAUGUCAAUAGUGCGGUAAUAGUUUUAUUCCGCUUCGUUUAUCGUCGGAAGUAGAAUCUUUCUGCACUGGGACACCUAUUUCUCUAUGUUGAAUGAUUUGCCAUGUUGAGAAUGAGAAUGUUUGUUCAGAACUCGGCAUGCGUUUCAUCAAAGUAGAGAGCCUAGCGUUGUCCGGAUAGCCCCUCAGCACGAAAGAAUAGAAUUACUUUUGCCCCAAAGUAGACUCUUAAGAGAAAGAAGAACACAAGCGAACCAAUGUAAUGAAACAAACCUUUUAAAUGAUGUUUACAAAAAAGGCAAACAGAUUUAAUUCUCAACUGAAAACAAAUGCCACCGAUAUUGAGCGCCUUACUUUUAUAUGUACACAUCUUCGUGUUUAUAAAGGGACAUCAUGUUAGAAUCGAAAGAUUCCACCUACGUUGCUGGUAAAUAGAACGUAACGUAACUGACAAGCUGAGUAACGAUAGCAAUGUAUAUCACAAAACGUUAGCAUAGGCAAGAAGGUUUAUUAACUUGAAAUUGGCUUGCACAAAGGGGCUGCUCCUUGGCUUAGCUCAGUUUACAUACAAAACCCAGGAGGGCGGAUUGCGAUUAUGAUGUAUCUUCCGAAAAGAACAUAACAUCAUACUGAAAAUCGGAACAAAAAACAGAAAAAGAUGGAGAGAAGUAGAGUAAAAUAACGGAAAAUGUUGAAUAAAAAGAAAAAUUAA